CUUACUUGACAUUCUUUUGACAGUCUGACAGUGCAGUUUAUGUUGUUUUGGUGCGAGUCCCCGAAGUUUUAGUUUUCUGAGAAAAUUAUAAGCAGAAGUUGAAAUGCCUUUGGAGAAUUUGGAAGACCAAGGUCUGGAGAAGAACCCCAACUUGGAGUUGGCACAAUGCCUCUUCUUGCUGAGCCUCCCUGAUUUCAAGAACAACCGCAACAUACAUCAGACAAUUUCUGAUGCUAUUAAAAAGGAUGAAAUGGCCCCAUGGUAUGAGAUUGUGUGUCGUGAAGCGGGAUGGAAACUGGAUUCAGCCUACUUGAAACAAAUGCAGGAAAAGAACACAGUAACUGUCAAAAAAUUGGAUGAGACUAUUGAAGAUGCAGAGAAGAAUCUGGGUGAGAUGGAGGUGCGUGAGGCGUAUCUGCGGAAGGCUGAAUUCUACAGUAGAAUUGGAGACAAGGAUAAUGCAAUCACCACCUUCCGUCAGGCUUACGAUAAGACAGUAUCCCUGGGUCAUAGAUUGGAUAUCAUAUUUCACAUGAUCCGUAUUGGGUUGUUCUUCAUGGACCAUGACAUUAUUACAAGAAAUAUUGACAAAGCUAAAAUCCUGAUUGAGGAGGGAGGAGAUUGGGAUCGUAGGAACAGAUUAAAAGUAUAUCAGGGUGUUUACAGCAUGUCCAUCAGGGACUUCAAGACUGCUGCCACCAUGUUCUUGGAUACAAUCAGCACAUUCACGUCCUAUGAGCUCAUGGAUUACAAGACCUUCGUCCGUUACACAGUUUACGUGUCUGUAAUCAGUCUGCCGAGGAACCAAUUGAGGGAUAAGGUUGUUAAAGGAUCGGAGAUUCUGGAAGUGCUGCAUUCUGAGGCUUUCGUUAAAGAUUACUUGUUCUCUUUGUACAAUUGCCAAUACGCGGACUUCUUCACUAAUCUUGCUGAAGUCGAGGAGGUCCUUCGCAAGGAUUACCUGCUUCAUCCGCAUUACAGAUUCUACGUGCGCGAGAUGCGCAUCCUUGCGUACACACAGCUACUGGAAUCUUAUAGGUCUUUAACACUGCAGUACAUGGCUGAAGCUUUCGGUGUCAGCAAGGAAUUCAUCGAUCAAGAACUAUCGACUUUCAUCGCCUCUGGUAGGCUGCACUGUAAAAUCGAUCGAGUCUACGGAAUCGUCGAAACCAACAGACCCGACCUGAAGAACGCACAAUUCAACUCUGUCAUAAAGCAAGGAGAUUUACUGUUGAAUCGCGUUCAGAAAUUAUCUAGAGUUAUUAAUAUUUAAAGUAUUUUUUAACAUGUAUUUCUCAAAUAAAAAUUGUGAAUUAUA